AUGGAUAUAGGGAGGAAAUGUUCAUCCCCACUGGUGUAUUGGCAUGCAUCUUGCCCGCUGCUGGUAGAGGGAGAGGAACCUUGCCCGCUGCUGGUAGAGGAACCUUGCCCGCUGCUGGUUGAGGGAGAGGAACCUUGCCCGCUGCUGGUAGAGGGAGAGGAACCUUGCCCGCUGCUGGUAGAGGAACCUUGCCCGCUGCUGGUUGAGGAACCUUGCCCGCUGCUGGUUGAGGGAGAGGAACCUUGCCCGCUGCUGGUUGAGGAACCUUGCCCGCUGCUGGUAGAGGGAGAGGAACCUUGCCCACUGCUGGUUGAGGGAGAGGAACCUUGCCCGCUGCUGGUAGAGGAACCUUGCCCACUGCUGGUUGAGGGAGAGGAACCUUGCCCGCUGCUGGUAGAGGGAGAGGAACCUUGCCCGCUGCUGGUUGAGGAACCUUGCCCGCUGCUGGUUGAGGGAGAGGAACCUUGCCCACUGCUGGUUGAGGGAGAGGAACCUUGCCCGCUGCUGGUUGAGGAACCUUGCCCACUGCUGGUUGAGGGAGAGGAACCUUGCCCGCUGCUGGUUGAGGGAGAGGAACCUUGCCCACUGCUGGUUGAGGGAGAGGAACCUUGCCCACUGCUGGUUGAGGGAGAGGAACCUUGCCCGCUGCUGGUUGAGGGAGAGGAACCUUGCCCACUGCUGGUUGAGGGAGAGGAACCUUGCCCACUGCUGGUAGAGGGAGAGGAACCUUGCCCGCUGCUGGUUGAGGGAGAGGAACCUUGCCCACUGCUGGUAGAGGGAGAGGAACCUUGCCCAAGGCUGGUUGAGGGAGAGGAACCUUGCCCGCUGCUGGUUGAGGGAGAGGAACCUUGCCCGCUGCUGGUUGAGGGAGAGGAACCUUGCCCGCUGCUGGUAGAGGGAGAGGAACCUUGCCCGCUGCUGGUAGAGGGAGAGGAACCUUGCCCACUGCUGGUAGAGGGAGAGGAACCUUGCCCACUGCUGGUUGAGGGAGAGGAACCUUGCCCGCUGCUGGUAGAGGGAGAGGAACCUUGCCCGCUGCUGGUUGAGGGAGAGGAACCUUGCCCGCUGCUGGUAGAGGGAGAGGAACCUUGCCCUCUGCUGGUUGAGGGAGAGGAACCUUGCCCUCUGCUGGUUGAGCAGUGGGCAAAAUGCUAAAAGUCUUACUCUCCUCAACAGUGGAAACCAUAAGUAGACAUCUUUCCCACCACUUGUGUAUGGUAAGGAGCCGUGCCCUACACUAGUGGUGGGUAAGGUGCCGUGCUCUACACUAGUGGGUAAGGUGCCGUGCUCUACACUAGUGGUGGGUAAGGUGCCGUGCUCUACACUAGUGGUGGGUAAGGUGCCGUGCUCUACACUAGUGGUGGGUAAGGUGCCGUGCUCUACACUAGUGGUGGGUAAGGUGCCGUGCUCUACACUAGUGGUGGGUAAGGUGCCGUGCUCUACACUAGUGGUGAGUAAGGUGCCGUGCCCUACACUAGUGGUGGGUAAGGUGCCGUGCUCUACACUAGUGGUGGGUAAGGUGCCGUGCUCUACACUAGUGGUGGGUAAGGUGCCGUGCUCUACACUAGUGGUGGGUAAGGUGCCGUGCUCUACACUAGUGGUGAGUAAGGUGCCGUGCCCUACACUAGUGGUGGGUAAGGUGCCGUGCUCUACACUAGUGGUGAGUAAGGUGCCGUGCUCUACACUAGUGGUGAGUAAGGUGCCGUGCUCUACACUAGUGGUGGGUAAGGUGCCGUGCUCUACACUAGUGGUGGGUAAGGUGCCGUGCUCUACACUAGUGGUGGGUAAGGUGCCGUGCUCUACACUAGUGGUGGGUAAGGUGCCGUGCUCUACACUAGUGGUGGGUAAGGUGCCGUGCUCUACACUAGUGGUGGGUAAGGUGCCGUGCUCUACACUAGUGGUGGGUAAGGUGCCGUGCUCUACACUAGUGGGUAAGGUGCCGUGCUCUACACUAGUGGUGGGUAAGGUGCCGUGCUCUACACAGUGGUGGGUAAGGUGCCGUGCUCUACACUAGUGGUGGGUAAGGUGCCGUGCUCUACACUAGUGGUGGGUAAGGUGCCGUGCUCUACACUAGUGGUGGGUAAGGUGCCGUGCUCUACACUAGUGGUGGGUAAGGUGCCGUGCUCUACACUAGUGGUGGGUAAGGUGCCGUGCUCUACACCAGUGGUAGGCUACAGUAGUAGUUGGCAAAGUGCCUUGUUCUAUACUAGAGGUUGGCAAAAUAUUUCCCCAAAACAAAGAUUGUGGGCAAGAUGGCUUUCCUCUCGCAUUGUAAUAGUCUUGCCCAGUACUAGUACACGGGAAAGCGUUUUGGCUACCACUGGUGCAAACGUAGAGGUCCACAAGGGGAGACAUCUUGGCCAGAAUGUUAGGAAUACUAUUAUGCCGACUAGUCUAGUCACAAGGUGAUGACCUAGUCUGGGGUGUGCCAUUCUCCGGGUACAGUACAAGGUCAUGCAAGUUUGCGGUGUAUCUUUCUCCAGGCACAAGGUCGUGACCUAGCCUGAAGGCUCCAUAUGGCAUCAGCCGAGUUUGUUUAUCUGGAGCUGAUCUAAGAAAACUUCUAUAGGCUUUUGUAAUGACCAUUUGUAUAGUUUGAUCAGGUAGGAUAAUCUGAAUACAUAAAGAUGUGGAUGAGAGCUGUGUUGAUCAGUGAGAGAUAAAUGAAAACUAUGCAUGAGAGAGAGAGAUAUCUAUAAAUUUUAUGUGGCUAUUUUGCCAGGACAAGGGAACGACAUCAGUUCCAUUAUGAGCAUGAUGGCAAGACCAGUUUGAUCUAGAAUUUUGUUCUGUGAUCUUCAUUUGCAAGUGUACAUUAAGUAUUUAGUGCAGUAGUUCAUUCUCUCUAGCAACAACUUGUAAUUUGCAGCAUGUAUUGUGAAUGUUUUGCAACAUCUCUACACCAAGUGACACUAGGGAGGUGCGUGUGUAUAGAAGGUUGUACAGAUGUUAUUCUGAUCUGCAAGUCCAUGAGAUGUGUGCCGUAUUCUUUAUUAAAGGGGUGAUAUUUUAAGUGUACUUUGUGUAAUAGUUAAAGAUAAGAUAAAGUCAUUUGGAACGAUGUACGUUUAUUGGGUUGUAGUAGUUCUUUAUAAAAUAGUCGUGAUUAGUCGCUUAAAUUUGGAAUGUGUUCAUUUUGGUUAAUGCAGUAUAACUUUUUAUUUUUAUUUAUCUUUAGUGGAAUAAAAAUGUGGAAAAAAAAUUGAAACAAAUUUCUACUUUGAACAAUAGAAAUUUAUUUUUUAUUAGAUAACAUUUGAGAAAUGCAAAUACAGCAUGGAAGCUCCAAGCAUUCACAUAGUGUACAGUAGUUAAAACCCCAUAUCCAGAGUAGAUUUUAUCUAACAAAGGCUUCUGCAAUUUCGUGUUUCAAGCGUGAAAUUUAAAUUAAAAAUUCCUUCAAUGCUGUUCAGUUUAUAUUUUUGUGACAGUUUCUACUUUAGGUGAAAAUGCUUGAAAAUAACAUAUUUUGUUUAUUCUGAUUUAUUAGUUCAUGUGGCCAGGUCAUCUUGUUACUGACCAGAGAGUAAAGGCCGAUCUGGUUUCAGUGUCUGACCUUGUGCCGAAACUGCAUCAUGAUGUGGCCAGGUCAUCUUGUUACUGACCAGAGAGUAAAUACCGAUCUGGUUUCAGUGUCUGAUCUUGUGCCGAAACUGCAUCAUGAUGUGGCCAGGUCAUCUUGUUACUGUCCAGAGAGUAAAGGCCGAUCUGGUUUCAGUGUCUGACCUUGUGCCGAAACUGCAUCAUGAUGUGGCCAGGUCAUCUUGUUACUGUCCAGAGAGUAAAUACCGAUCUGGUUUCAGUGUCUUGACCUUGUGCCGAAACUGCAUCAUGAUGUGGCCAGGUCAUCUUGUUACUGUCCAGAGAGUAAAUACCGAUCUGGUUUCAGUGUCUUGACCUUGUGCCGAAACUGCAUCAUGAUGUGGCCAGGUCAUCUUGUUACUGACCAGAGAGUAAAUACCGAUCUGGUUUCAGUGUCUGACCUUGUGCCGAAACUGCAUCAUGAUGUGGCCAGGUCAUCUUGUUACUGUCCAGAGAGUAAAGGCCGAUCUGGUUUCAGUGUCUGACCUUGUGCCGAAACUGCAUCAUGAUGUGGCCAGGUCAUCUUGUUACUGUCCAGAGAGUAAAUACCGAUCUGGUUUCAGUGUCUUGACCUUGUGCCGAAACUGCAUCAUGAUGUGGCCAGGUCAUCUUGUUACUGACCAGAGAGUAAAGGCCGAUCUGGUUUCAGUGUCUGACCUUGUGCCGAAACUGCAUCAUGAUGUGGCUAGGUCAAAAGCAGCUUGCCACCGGGAAACACAGGAGUGCCCUGGGCUCUCCUGUGGAUGACUGUACGAGGCUUGCUAGACGCCAUACGUUCUAUGUCAGCUGGGAGACGAGGAAGUAAAGUCGGAGCUCAUCUUGUUUAUGAGGUUUCAUAAUACUGGAGGCUGCCAGUCCUUUAGUUCCAUGGGCCAAUGUGCUCAAAUGUCUUGAUGUGAAGGGCCAUUGACACCUGCGUUAAACUCGUCUUCCUGGUGAGAAAGAUUGGCUUGCUAGUUAGUGUGUUAGCCAGGUGUAGAGAGUGAGCAGAUGUGUGACAACUCUGGACCAGGUGUAGAGAGUGAGCAGGUGUGUGACAACUCUGGGCCAGGUGUAGAGUGUGGGCAGGUGUGUGACAACUAUGGGCCAGGUGUAGAGAGUGAACAGGUGUGUGACAACUCUGGACCAGGUGUAGAGAGUGAGCAGGUGUGGGACAACUGUGGGCCAGGUGUAGAGAGUGAGCAGGUGUGUAACAACUCUCCAGCAGACAGGACAGGUCAGGUCAGGUCCUGUUAAACAGGACCUGGUAGUGACUUUCCUUGUUUGGGGCUUUGCCAGUAACUGACAAUACAUCCUCCCAAAAAUAAUACACAGUAUGUAUAGCUGCAAUUAAUGGAAUGUACAUAAUAUUGACUGUUCACAAGAGCCAGAAGUUCACAGUUUGUGUGAUUACUGUAAUUUUGAAGGCAAGAAAGAAAGCAACAACUAAGCCUAACUGUUCCUAGGUCUAGUAUAGUACGUAUAUGUACUAAAUUAGGUCUAAAAGUGGCUUAUUUAGAAACCUAAGGCAUGUUAAGUUUAUGGUUUAACCUUUUCCUUUUUAUGCCCUUUAGAAUUGCAUUACGGGCUCACCAUAGCCCGUGCUACUUGGAACUUGUUCUGAGUAGCUGUACCUAUAACAACAACAACAGGCACUAAUACAAAAUGUGAUCUUUAUUUGGAUAUAUUGGUCCAUAUUUUGUACGUUUCAUCCAUAGUACCGUACUGUAGCUGUGUGUGUGUUAUCACUUUUGGAGGAUGGGUUGGGCACUGUUGUGUUGUAUGUAGUUAAAGGUCGGUUCAGUCUGGGGCCUUCGGUGACGGGUUUGUCAACCUCUAGUUAAAGGUCAGUUUAGGUAGAGCCUUUAUAUGCCAGUGAUAUUUACCAGCUAUACUCAUGCCAUAUAUAUAGUAUGCCAUGUCAACCUUGCUAACCGUAGGAUCUCUUCUUCUCUCUCUCUCUCUCUCUUUCUUUUCUCUCCUCUUCUCUCUUAUCUCUUUUCUCCCCCCCCCCCCCUUUCCUUCCCUCCUUCCAAUUUUGAAAAUACUGUACGGUUAGUUUUGCCGAGCUGGGUGGUGCUGCUGUAUGCUUUAGUGGGCAUGUUUAGUUUGUAUUGUAUAUAUGCAUAUUUUUAUGAUUAAUGCAUUAUAUCUUCACUGAUGUUUUUACAUUUCAAUUUUACUUGCUACUCUUUACACUCGACAAUGCCUCUUAGACAUGAAAUAGUUCCAUUAUGUAUGUGAGUUUAUCUCAUUUAUUGUGUGUGGCAGCAGAAUUAAUCAUUUAAAUAUAUAGGACUACUAAAGGGUGAGCCUGUACAGUAUGUCCAGACAUUAUGCUUCGGAUGAGGUUUUAUGAAGUUUAGUGUAAUAUACUGUACUAGAGUAUUGUGUUUAUCUCACUUAAGCAAAGCACUGGAUGAUGGUGUUCAGUGGCUGUACUAACAGCAGGCUCUUCCAGGUGCCUGUGUGUAUGUAUUGGCUUCUCAUCCAGGUCAGACAACCCAGCCUCGUGUUCAGAUAGUACCUUUUGUAACUGGACCAUCGUACAUGCAUAGACAUAAUGGAUAAUUAGAUCGAAGAAUUUGGUAGUAUUUAUAGAGUUUGAGAAAAAUAUAGCUAAAGACCAAACUUAAAUAUUUCUAGACCUAGUACAGUACAUAUAUGUACUAUAUUAAGCCUAGAAAGGUUAGGCAAGGCAAAGUUUUCUUUGCAUCGUCAGAACAAGAAGCUUUCCGGUUUGUCCAAAUGUAAUAAUACCGAUUUCUACUUUCUAUUUGACUUUUACAUCAAUAUGUGUAUGAUGGUCCUCAUUGUUACUGUAUGUACUACCUACACAGGAGGAUCAGAGUUGAUGGCUCUUUAAGCGUCAUGUUUCACUCUCCUGUAAAUUGUGUUCAAAAUGAGCUGCGUUGCGAGUUGCGUGCUCUAAAUUUUCUAACAAAACCUGGCUUUGCUGUGGUCUUGGCUUUGAAAAGAAGUUCAUGGUAAAUCAUUUUAAUUUAGUUAUGUGAUUAACCUUGUCUUGUCACUUUAUUCUGAGGUUUUGUGCAUUUUGUUUUCAAAUGAUUAAGGGGCCUUGCACAUCUGUUAUGUUACAGACUUUGCCAUUCUUGCAAACUUUCUUCGGAAAGCUUUUGUUAACUAUUGCUGUCAGCAGAUUAAUCCCCAUCCAUUGUAUUAACACUACAUUUAUUUUCAUGUAUCUUUGCAACCUUUUUGUAAAACUUAAUCAGGAAUAAGAUAAACCUUUUCCUUCCUAAAAGCAAGCUGUAUCUCAAUUACAAAGUAAGCUCUCCUCCAAGUGUUCCACAGUCCUAUUUCUGAUUACCAGUGUUGUACAAAAUUUAAAACUCGGUGACAGAUCUUUAAAGUCCUCAUAUAUCUCCUUUCUUGGACACAAGCACCACAUGUGUGUAGUCUUCCGUGUGUCCAAUAGCUCUCCGUUUUCAAAUGAUACAUUAUGUAUAUUUUAGUCUAAGGGAUUUUUGGUAUCCACAGCCAAGUCUGGUCUGGUCCCUCUGCUUUACUUCCGUUUCAUCAAGCUUCAACUUCUCCUCGGGUACUUCCAUAAUGGGUUUCCAUCCUUGUUAUAACUUGUACUUGUCCUUCACUCUGGCUUAAGACUACCCUGGCCUUUUCCAUGAAGAAUGUGUGGAUUAAUGUGCACUUAAAUUUGCUGAGGCCGUCCUCGUUACCCCCUCAAGAAAGUUUCUCAUUGCUGGCAAAUGUUAACAAAGGUUGGCAUGUGAAAUUCUUUGACAAGCUUUCAAAUGCCGUUUUAAUGUCAGAAACACCUGAAAUUAGUUGGACUAUCCGAGUUAGAAUCGCACACUUCUUAAUGAACUUCCUAUCACCUACACCCGCACACUCACCCACCUGCAGCUAACUCUUCUCUCUAUAUGCACACAUAUCAAACUUUUUUUUUUUUUUUACAUACUCAGAGAACCUUAAUUCUAGAUAUAGUACAUACUGUAGUUUUAAUUAUUCUGAUGCCUUUGUAAGCAGUACUUUUAUAUGUAAAUAAUCUUUUUCCAUAGAACUUACUAAUCCAUGUUUUUCAUUCCUUCAGUAAUGCAUUUAUCUUCAGAGAAUGGUUUUGUAAUUCCUAAAACAUGCCCAGUACAAAGUCAACAUUUAUUUGAGAAGUUAGAAAUGUACAGAGAUUGGGUACUCGUGCUGAUUUGGAUCACUUUAAAAAAUUUAAUUAUUGUUUAUGCAAUAAGAUGCUGUAUUAUGUAUUAAGUUCCAAAUGUAGUAAGUCCUGUAUUAUGUAGUUAAUGAUAACAUAAUGGCCUGGAACAUAUAUGUAGUGCAUAAUAUAAUUUAUUUUUGUAUUUCAUAAAGGAUGUAGAAAACUUU